AAGAGUGAUCGAAAUGUCAAAAAUCUAACCUAUUUUAUUUGUUUGGAGGCUUUAAAGUUUGUAAUCAAUGGAAUAAACCAAUUUGAGAGGAAAAUAUUUCCUUAGUUAUGGAAAUAUGUGAAUUGACUAUUAGAUAAGUCAGAUCUGUAAGCCAGUGUAAAAUAUUGAAUCUUACAAAAUGCCCCCAAUAAAGUUAUCCACAUCUAACUCUGGUGUUAACGAUCUUAGUGAUAAUGAGGUCUCAGGAAAUGAGUCUCAACAUUCUAAUUCAAGUCGUGAAAAUGAUGUUGCUCACGAUUCAACUGAAGAUGAACCCGACUCCGAUGAUAGCUCUGAAAUGGAUGAAGGAGAAUGUGAAACAAGACGAAAUGCUUUAUUGCAACAUGUUCAAGAUUUAGAAAAACAAUUUUGCCAUCUUAGAGAGCAAUUAUUCAGAGAACGAAUGACACAGGUUGAAUGUCAAUUAGCAGAAGUAAAGACAGGGAAAUCCCCAGAAUACCUUAUAUCCCUACAUGAACUACAGGAUAAUAUGAAAAUAAGAACUGAAGUGGCUGGAAUUUUAAAACAAUUGAAGCUCCAGAAUAUUACUAAUCAAUAUGAGGCCGAAAUACAAGCAGCACUUCAGAACUUUGAAAGUGAAAAGAGUUUGACGUGCGAUUAUAUUUACAGUGAAUUAAUGGAAACGAUAAGAAGGUUAGAAGAAGAUAGACACAACAGUGAAAUCAGUUGGGGCGAAGGAGGAGAAUGGGGAUCCAGGUCACGAUCUAGGUCUCGCAGAAAAGCUGUCACCGUCUCUGGUCCUUAUAUUGUAUAUAUGCUGAAACCUCAAGAUAUUUUAGAAGACUGGACUGUUAUCCGAAAGGCGCUUAAACGAACUUCCUGACACAUGGAUCUCAAACCUCCGUAUUUCUAUAAGCAUAACGAUUUAAAUCUGAAGUAAUUGUUAAUGAUUAAUAACUAUAUUAGUUAGGUUGAAGAUGAUAAAAUUGUCUAAUUAAAGAUUGAUUGUAUUUAUUAAAACAAAUUAAAUUUAUGAUUAUCGUGUA